UCCCUGAGAAGCUGCGUGGAUGCGUGACCUGGUGAUGUCUUUUCCGAAAGAGGUUACGCAGACGGCGACCCUGCACAGGUUUUGCGCAGACUUAGGAAAGUCCAUGUGUCGUGAACGCACCCAAUGUGAACACUACAUGUAGCAUGUUACAAAACCUCACACGCUACAUGAAUACAGUUGUGAAAAAAGGCGUUUUGUGUACCAGCAGAAGACAAUGUCAAAUCCAGCGCACGUAUUUAAAGUGAGGUCUUUAUACAAGAGAAUCCUAAUGCUGCACAAAUUUUUGCCUUUAGACUUGAAAGCACUGGGAGAUCAGUAUGUAAAAGAUGAAUUCAAGAGAAACAAGACUGCAGCUCCCGAGGAAGCCAAUAAAUUUAUGGUUGAAUGGGAGGGGUAUAAGGAUACAUUGCAGAUUCAGGUGAUGGAAGCUGCAAGAAACAAAUUAAAGCAAAUUCAUUUUGGAGAUGACCUUCCAGAAGAAAAAUUAAACCACUUUAAUGAAGACCAGGUCGGACAGUUGUAUGAACUAAUGCAAGAAGCAACAAAACCAAAUCGUCAGUUUAACAUUCAAGAUGAUUCACUUCACAAGUAACUAGCAAUAUGCCAAGGAUUUAUGAAUCUGUUUUAAAGAAAAUGUGUUACUUAAUAACAAAAAUGUGUGAAUCAUAAUGUGAUUGUAAGCUUUAUGAUGUAUAAAAAUAUUAAAGUUACCCUUUGAACCAGAAAAUAGCCAUAACAUUUUGUUGGUCAAUUCUAAAAAAUACAUUUAAAAAAAAGUUUAAAAAAAACAAUAUAUUAUUUAGGAUUGUAUCUUUUAAUACUUUGUAUUGCUUUGACAAAAGCAAGAAAUAUGCUUAUUUUCACCAAAAUAAAUAUCUGUUGUCGUGAAUACAUUUAAAUAUAAAACAGUAAACUAAUAUAAAUGUGCAAGUGUAUGUAUGUGUUCUCUGAUUUUAAUGUUUUUGAUUGUUCUAAAAUAAUAUACUAUGGUCAGUCUGUAGCAUUUAGUUGUCUGAUAUGAGGAAUUUGGUGCAAACCCAGAGGGCAAUAAAGUCUUUUGAACAUU